AUGAUCCGAAGCACCUUCUCCCGUAUUACUCGCAUGGACUUCCAAACGCUCUAUGGGCCUACGUCAGACCGCUCCUGGAAUACGCCAACCAAGUUGUCUACUCAGGACGCACGAAAGACGUCACCCUCAUUGAGCCACCUUCUCCCGUAUUACUCGCAUGGACUUCCAAACGCUCUAUGGGCCUACGUCAGACCGCUCCUGGAAUACGCCAACCAAGUUGUCUACUCAGGACGCACGAAAGACGUCACCCUCAUUGAGCGUGUCCAGCGAGCCGCUACGAGAGUGGUUGCCGGCCUCAAAUCCGUGGACUCCGAAACGCGUCUCGCAAUAAUUGAUCUCUUUCCCCUGGAGCACCAUAACCUCCGAGGGAAACUAGUUCUUACUUAUGCCCUGUUUGAACAAAGUUUUGCAAACAGGUCUUUUACCGUUGGCCCAGCAAACACACGACGGGGACAUAGUGAGAAUCUUUUCAAGCUCAGGGCACACAUUCAUUAG